AUGCUCUCUUUGGGCUGGAUAUCAGCUCUGGUCGUGGGUAUUUUUUCCGCUCAUGUUUUGCAGAGACUUUGUUUCCCCUACUUUUGGAAAGAUUUCUUCUUUCUGUUCAGCGUGGGGCGCUACGGUUUGAAACUGGAGCUGUUCAAGCUGACUUCGAGGGUGUGUACAGUCCUGGACAGGUUCAUUCAACAGGCGCAACGCAUCCCAGAGAAGCCUUUUAUCAUCUACGAAGGGAGCAUCCACACCUACAAGGACAUUGAGCAGCGUAGCAACAGACUUGCAAAUGUUUUCCUUCACAAACUCCAAGUUUCUAAAGGCGACUGCAUCGCCUUGCUUAUGAAUAACGAGCCCGACUUCGUCUGCGUCUGGUUCGGGUUGGCGAAGCUCGGCUGCCCGGUGGCUUUUCUCAAUACGAACAUUAAAUCCAAGUCGUUGUUACAUUGCUUGAAAUGCUGUGGAGCCAAAGCUUUGGUCGUUGGAGCAGAUUUAGUAGACUGUCUUCCUGGUAUCAUGAGCAACCUAUUAGAAGACAACAUUCAAUUGUGGACAAUGAAGAGCAAUUGCGGGGACAUGAAGGUGGAAUCCGUGUUGGAUCACAUAAAUGCUGCCUCUGACAAACCUUUACCAGCAAAUUUACGUGCCACUACCUCUGUCAAAUCUCCUACCCUUUACAUCUUCACCUCUGGAACUACUGGGCUUCCGAAGGCAGCAGUGAUCACUCACCUCCAAAGCUUAAAGGCAGCAGGAGGAUUUUGGGCAUUUGGGGCAAAUGAAAGUGACGUGAUGUACAUCCCUUUGCCGCUUUAUCACAGUGCAGCUUCCCUAAUUGGAAUAGGGGGGACCGUUGAGCUUGGUGCAACAUGCGUUCUAAAGAAGAAGUUCUCAGCCUCACAAUUCUGGAGUGACUGUCGGAAACAUAAAGUGACUGUUUUCCAGUAUAUUGGUGAACUUUGCAGAUACCUCUGCAACCAGCCAAAGACAGAGAUGGACAAGGUUCACUCAGUCCGGAUGGGAGUCGGGAAUGGGCUUCGUCCGGACGUCUGGCAAGAAUUUCAUAGACGCUAUGGAGACAUAAAAAUGUGUGAGGUGUACGGCUCCACGGAGGGAAACCUGUGUUUCAUGAAUCACAUUGGCAAGAUUGGAACAGUGGGGCGUUCCAACCUCAUCUACAGGCUCCUGUUCAAGUAUGAUCUGGUCAAAUAUGACAAGAUCAAAGAUGAGCCAGUGAAAGAUCAGUAUGGUUUCUGUCAGCGGGUGAAAAAGGGUGAAACAGGGCUUUUACUUUCCAAAGUAAGUGCCCUGACCCCUUUCUUUGGGUACGCUGGAAACAAGCAACUGACUGAAAAGAAGCUGAUAAGGAAUGUAUUUGUCAAGGGUGAUACCUACGUCAACACAGGUGACCUCAUGAUUGAAGACCACGAAGGCUUCAUCGCUUUCAAAGACAGAGUAGGGGACACCUUCAGAUGGAAAGGUGAAAAUGUAGCAACAACCGAGGUGGCAGAAACCCUUGGGUCUGUUGAUUUUAUCCAAGAAGUCAAUGUGUAUGGGGUGGAAAUACCAGGGCACGAGGGAAGAGCUGGAAUGGCUUCUAUGAUUGUAAGACCAGGCUUCGUGUUUGACGGCAAUACAUUUUUUAAACACGUGGUGAUGGAACUACCCACAUAUGCGCGACCUCUCUUCUUGAGGCUUCAGCUCGUGAUGGAAAUGACAAGCACCUUUAAACAGCAGAAGUUCCAGCUAGUUCAGAGUGGAUUUAAUCCCUCAACAAUAUCGGAUCCUCUUUACGUCUUGGAUUAUCAAGAGAACAGCUAUAUCCCUUUGACAAAAAGUGUCUACCAGAGUAUCAUUUGCGGGGAACGCAAGCUCUAG